UCCCGCCUGACUGACUGACUUCGUGUCUGACAGACUUCGUGUCUGACUGACCUGCCGCCCCGAGUCCUUGCGAGCCCCAUUCACCUCGCCCCCCGGCCCCAGCCUUCUUCCGUCCGGGCGAGUCCCCGGCUUUCCUCUCGCACCCCGAGCGGGUUCCCGGUCCCGCCCGCUGUCCUCCGGGGGGCCCUGGGUGACCCCGGCCCCAUGGCGCUGCAGGCGCUGCAGAGCUCGGGGGUGGCCUUCCGCAAGAUCCUGUCUCACUUCCCCGAAGAGCUGAGCCUGGCUUUCGCCUACGGCUCGGGGGUGUACCGCCAGGCGGGGCCCAGCUCAGACCAGAAGAAUGCAAUGCUGGACUUCGUGUUCACGGUCGAUGACCCCGUCGCGUGGCAUUCAAAGAACCUGAAGAAAAACUGGAACCACUACUCUUUCCUAAAAGUGCUGGGGCCAAGGAUUAUCACUGUUGUCCAGAAUAACUACGGUGCCGGCGUUUACUACAACCCGUUGAUCACAUGUGAUGGGAGGCUUAUCAAAUACGGAGUUAUUAGCACCAGUGUUUUGAUCGAAGAUCUCCUCAACUGGAAUAACUUAUACAUUGCUGGUCGACUCCAAAAACCGGUGAAGAUCGUGGCGAUGAAUGAGGAUGUGGCCCUCCGCUCAGCCCUGGAUCAAAACCUGAAGAGUGCUGUGACUGCGGCUUUCCUCAUGCUCCCCGAAAGCUUUUCUGAAGAAGACCUGUUUAUAGAGAUCGCCGGGCUCUCCUACUCAGGUGACUUUCGGAUGGUGGUUGGAGAGGAUAAGGCAAAAGUGUUGAAUAUCGUGAAGCCCAACAUGGCCCACUUCCGGGAGCUGUACGGCAGCAUUCUGCAGGAGAGCCCCCAGGUGGUGUAUAAGGCCCAGCAGGGCAGCCUGGAGAUCGAUAAAAGCCCAGAAGGACAAUUCACUCAGCUAAUGACAUUGCCCAAAACCUUACAACAGCAAAUAAAUCAUAUUAUGGACCCUCCUGGAAAAAACAGAGAUGUGGAAGAGACUUUAUUACAAGUUGCUCAUGACCCUGACUGUGGCGACGUGGUGCGUCUAGGGCUCGCAGCAAUUGUGAGGCCUUCCAGUAUGAGACAGAGCACCAAAGGCGUUCUCACUGCCGGUCUGAAGAAAUCAGUGGUUUAUAGUUCACUCAAACUGCACAAAAUGUGGAAAGGAUGGCUGAGAAAAACAUCCUGACUUUGGCUUGCUUUUGUCUAUUUUACGUUUAGUUGAAUAAAAUGGUCCAU